AUGGAAAAUGUUACUGAAGCUCAAGAAAAUCAGACUUGGGGGACUUGGACGGACCAAAUAAUCGAAUACAAAGUGGUGAGCACUUUGUUAGUUUUCGUGAUAUGCGCCUUUGGGAUCGUUGGUAAUGUUAUGGUGAUCUUAGUGGUGCUUACCACUAAACACAUGAGGACACCCACCAACUGCUACCUGGUGAGCUUGGCCGUUGCAGAUCUCAUCGUACUAACUGCGGCGGGCUUACCGAAUAUCACGGACAGCAUCUUCGGGUCUUGGGUGUUCGGCCGCUCAGGAUGUCUCGGAAUCACCUACCUCCAGUACCUGGGAAUCAAUGCAUCGUCCUGCUCUAUCACCGCCUUUACCAUCGAAAGGUACAUCGCUAUUUGCCACCCGAUAAAAGCCCAGUUGCUGUGCACACUGUCCAGAGCCAAGAAGAUAAUAUUGUUUGUCUGGGUUUUCACUUUACUUUACUCCGUCAUGUGGUUCUACCUGUCAGAUAUCAAAGAAGAAUCAUAUGAGAACGACGUGACCAUCGUGACAUGCAGCUACAAAGUUUCAAGACAACUCUAUUUGCCCAUUUACUUUUUGGAUUUCGGGAUAUUUUUUGUUGUGCCGCUUAUGCUGGCAACCAUUCUGUAUGGUCUCAUCGCCAGAAUCCUGAUCAUGAAUCCGUUACCUUCUGAACGCAAGGAUAAAAGUAAAAAUGAACAAAGCAACACAACGAGGGGAUGUAAAAACUCCCACCACACCAGCACUACCGCUACUUCUCGGAGACAGGUGACCAAGAUGCUGGCUGUGGUGGUGAUCCUGUUCGCUGUGCUGUGGAUGCCGUACCGCACCCUGGUGGUGGUAAACUCCUUCCUGGAACAGGCCUACAUGAAUACCUGGUUUAUCCUCUUCUGUCGGAGCUGUGUCUACAUCAACAGCGCAAUCAACCCCAUCAUCUACAAUGCUAUGUCGCAGAAGUUCCGUGCCGCCUUCCGCAAGCUCUGCCUCUGCGGACGGAAAGGCUCUGAGAAGCCUACCGGCGGCACGUACAGCGUGGCGCUGACCUACAGCGUGGUCAAGGACACAUCUAUGGUGGAGACUACGGACCAAUUCAACACAGAGCUGGACGAGAUCAUGGUAACCUGUGAGUUGCCUGACAAGAAGAUGGUGUUUCAGGACACCUGUGUGCACGACAAGGUGACUUUAUGCAAUGACUGAUGUUGUAAGGGUCGAGGUUCAGGGUUCAGUCACUGAAGAUGACAGCUCCUCUAAGCCUUGAGGGAUGUGCUGAGGCCACAGGAAUCUGACUUGCUCUCAACUGUCCUGUGUCACAGCCAUUUUCACUCACAUUGAAGUUGACUAUCAAGAGACCCAAGCUUGACCUUCGGUGAGUAAUUGUAAGGCCCCAUGUACAGUACAAUGUGAAGGCUAUGUGGUGACACAUUACUGUGUUGUGUUUGCUCUUCAGACACAAGUCCCAAGAGCAGACACACGUUUCAAGUGUGUGCUCUUGGGACACAGACAAUGUGAACUGUCCUGGUGUGACUCAAAUUGCACAUUUUCCACUCUUAAUGAGACCUCACUGGCAGGGUCAGAGACAAGCCUCUCUCUUUCUCAAACAAGGAAUACAGACUUAUGAGUCUAAGGCAAAUGUCCUUUAUGCAGGCCUAUUUCCACAUUUAGAUUUUUCUUUAUUUUACAAUAUUAUGCACCAUAUUAUUGUGUAACGUGAAAAAUCUGUCGGCUAUUUGUUACAGAGAGUAAAAUGUAAACAUCAGAACUUGAGUCCAUUUUGGAGGAUCAAGAGUGAGUGAUUCUGAUUUUGAUACAGUUACUGUAUAUAUUGUGGUAUAUUAGGACUUUUCCACCUCUAGGAUGAGGUCCCCCAGUCAAUUUAAUCUUAGUUUUUCAUUGGGAUUUUAAAGGUGUACCUGCUCUGAGACUCUUGAUAUAUAUUCCCCCUGGAUCCUGGAACUGAGGAAUCUAUGAGUGUGCCCGGCGACACAAAGGCAACACAAUUUGGCACGGUGCCAUAACUGUCAUAACAUAAAUCUCUAUUUCUUAGCCAGCUGUACACUGCCGAGAGUUCAAUGAUUAUUUGAAUGUAGAGUGAUUGAUACAUUUUACCUUCCAUGAAUGUACAAAUAUUUCACCUUGAUUAUUAAUGAAAUCAUGCAUCACUUUGUGGAAACUAUCAAAAUAUAUUUUGAAACUAUUUGUAAAGUAAUCGUUCUUGUACUUUAUUUAAAAUCCUGUUUGCUUGAGGUGAGGAUCGCUGUAUGUGGAUUGAUGUGUGAUUUUUCUGUGAAUUAUCAGCUACAUAUACAGUAAAAGUACUUUUUUUUCUUAGUGCUGAAAUAGACAUCAAUAUUUAGAUAUCAAUAAGAUAAACAGAUAUCAUUAAGUAUAUUGUGUGGUAACAUAUGGUGGACGUCUUUCCUUUUAAAGGAAUAUGAUUGCAUUUGUCGGUUGUUUUGUUUUGUAAUGAUAAUGAUUGAAAUAAACAA